AUGGCGUCGACUCACGCAAUCAGCAAGAAGCGGAAGUUCGUGGCCGAUGGCGUGUUCUUCGCGGAGCUGAAUGAGAUGCUCACCCGCGAGCUCGCGGAGGACGGCUACUCCGGCGUCGAGGUCCGCGUCACCCCCAUGCGCACCGAGAUCAUAAUCCGUGCCACCCGCACCCAGAACGUCCUCGGCGAGAAGGGCCGGAGGAUCAGGGAGCUGACUUCUGUGGUUCAGAAGCGCUUUAACUUCCCGGAGGGUGGCGUUGAGCUCUAUGCAGAGAAGGUGAACAACCGUGGGCUCUGCGCCAUCGCCCAGGCCGAGUCGCUUCGCUACAAGCUUCUUGGUGGACUAGCCGUGAGAAGGGCAUGUUAUGGUGUUCUCAGGUUUGUCAUGGAGAGUGGUGCUAAGGGCUGUGAGGUUAUUGUAAGUGGCAAGCUCAGGGCCCAGCGUGCUAAGUCUAUGAAGUUCAAGGAUGGGUACAUGAUUUCUUCUGGUCAUCCUGUCAACCUAUACAUCGAUUCAGCUGUGAGACAUGUUCUCUUGAGACAGGGUGUGCUUGGUAUCAAGGUUAAGAUUAUGCUUGACUGGGAUCCAAAGGGCAAGCAAGGGCCAACCAUGCCUUUACCUGAUCUGGUUACAAUUCAUGAGCCUAAGGAAGAGGAUGAGUUCUUGAGGCCUCUUGCAGCCGAAAUCCCAGUUGCCUGA